AUGUCUAGAGACUGGAAGAUGCCGCCGUCUCUACCGCCUCCUUUACAAGUACUUGUGCAAUCGGUGGUGCCAUUUUUGGUAUUAUUGGCGUUUGCUUACUCGAACUAUGCCAUAGGGUAUCGUUUGGGUUACAAGGAGAUCUACGAGCACAAUUCUCAUGGCGCAGCGAUAACAUUAUGGGUUUUAUUUGGGUUUAGUCAAACGAUAACUUUCUACUAUUGGCUCCAGGUGUACAUCAAGGGUCCUGGGAUGAGUCCCGUGUUUCCUGCUUUUGAUUUGUAUGCAAAUAUUGAUUCUUUACCGGAAUAUUUCAUGUGUGAUGAGAAUGGAUAUCCAUACUGGUGCACCACAUGUCAGUCAUUAAAGGUCCCUAGAAGCUUUCAUUCCCGACGAUCAAACUACUGCAUACUCAAGUUUGAUCAUUAUUGCAUUUGGUUGGGAAGUCUGCUUGGCGUUUCCAAUUAUAUUUAUUUCUUUAAGCUUGCCGUGUGGCUCAUAGUGAUGAUAAUUAUAGCCUUGGUUUUCUUGAUCGUGUACACAAAAUCAAACCGAGACCGUGGCACCCGAUGCCAUCGAUGGAAACUUCAUUGCCAUGUAUGUUGUGGCUGGGUUUUUGGUUCAUCAUGGCUGGUGGGUUGCUUGUUAGCCAUAUCUGGUAUAUUCUACGGGGAUUAA